AUGGCCUCAUCCGUUUCCAUAGCUAACUUUGCAGGUUCUAUUAUUCGCAAAGUUCUCUCAAGUGGUGAACUGGGGAUCAUUGACAAGGGAGUAAACGAUCUACAAACUCAAGCUGAUCGUAGCGCCCAGCACUGCAUUGUCAGUUCCCUCUCUAAAAACUUCCCAGAAAUUUGUAUUAUUGGCGAAGAAGAACUGGGCGAUACAGAGCAACCACAUUCUCGAAUCAUUGAUGAUUUCGAUUCUGUGGUGUUAUCUAAAACUUGUCCGGAAAACUUGCGGUCUGUUGGCUUAAAAGAUGUUGUAGUGUGGGUGGAUCCUUUGGACGGAACUAGUGAAUUUACUUCGGGUGUACUGGAACACGUAACGAUCCUUAUCGGUGUGGCAGUUCAUGGCCGAGCCGUAGGAGGUGUUGUCUGCCAGCCCUUCUAUAUGCCCGAUUUCCGCAAUUUCUUGGAAUCCGAUGAUGAUCAGGAUCGUCGACCUUCUGUCCAAGAGACCACUCAACGUCUUAUUUGGGGCCUGGAAGGUCUGGGUGUGUUUGGUCUCUCCGGAGAGCCUAUUAGCCAGGCUCCGAUUUUUAACGAAUUGGGUAUGAAAUCAGAAGAUAAAGAUACCAAUCGGAUUGUCUGUACGCGGUCGAGGUCCACGCCCGUUACUGCUGCGGCUAUCAAUGCUUGUUUUCCUUCUAGGAUGUUGAUGCUUUUGGAAGGUGUUGCCCAUGCUUAUAUUUAUGCUAGUCUUGGUUGCAAACGAUGGGAUACUUGCGCAGUUGAAGCCCUGAUCAAUGCGGUUGGUGGCAAGUUGACAGGAAUCGAUGGACGUGAGUACAGCUAUGCUGCCGGUGUGCAGCCAAUGGACUGCCGCGGUUUGAUCGUCACUCCCAACACUGCUUGGCAUGAGGAGUACGUCAAGCGAAUGCCGCCUUCAAUUGUCCAAUCGCUUGUUGCAGCGGCGCCUCCAAAUGAAUAA